AUGGAAGCAUGUAGCUCUAACCAAUCUGGUUCUUCUAGCUACUCCUUAGCCAAAAAUCUGAGUACUGUUAAGAAUGUCCUCAAAAGGUGGAAUAAAACUGUCUUUGGCAACAUAAAGCACAGAAUUUCUGAAUUAAAAAAGAACAUAGAGAAACUCUCACAAAACACUAAUAGAUGUCCUAUUGCUAUAAAGAAACUUGAAGAAUCUCUACAACAAUGGAAGAACAUAAAGGAGGAUUACUGGCAAACCAAAAGCAGAAAUAAUAGAAUAAAUUUGGGGGAUAGAAACACCUCUUACUUCCAAAACUCUGCUAGAACAAGAUACAAAAGAAAUAUAGUUGAUAACUUAAAAGGAAAAAAUGGAAUAUGGUUGAAAGACAGAACUUCCAUAGCAAACUGUCUCACUGAUCAUUUCAAGGAAAUUGCAACCACUUCCAAUCCAACUUUGGAUAAUGAUCUGAUAAAACUAAUCCCAAAAGUGGUCACUGAGGAAGAAAAUACAAAAUUCCUAGAUAUUCCUUCACCACAGGAGAUUAAGAAUGCACUUUUUGAUAUGGAAGGAAACAAAGCUCCUGGCCCAAAUGGUUUCCCACCAAAUUUUUUCCAACAUAACUAG